AAAGAACUUUUUUUCCUUCUUUCUUUCUUCGCUUCUUUUGCUCUCCUCGUCUGAAGAGUACCAUGGAAGCUACAGCAUCUGUGUCGACCGUUGCUUCGCGCCAUUUGUCGACCGCACUUCCACUCUCCAAGACUACCCACCUUUCGAAUUCCAAAUUUCUCAGAAGAUCCACACAACCCUGCUCUUCCUCUUCGUUUAUCGGCUCUACACAUUCUCUUUCCUUCGCUUCAAGAAAUCCAUUCACUAGAGAAUUAUGGGGAGUGAUCCAUUCCAGUUCCAUGAAUGCUGCUGUUACUGGAACAAGAAAAAUGGCGGGCGGUGGACUUAUUAUUAGGGCUGAGAUGUUUGGGCAGCUGACUAGUGGACUUGAAACAGCUUGGAAUAAGCUCAAAGGGGAAGAGGUCUUGACCAAGGAAAACAUUGCUGAACCUAUGAGAGACAUUAGGAGAGCUCUUUUAGAAGCAGAUGUUAGCCUUCCUGUUGUGAGAAGGUUUGUUCAAGCCGUCAGUGAUCAAGCUGUUGGCACUGGUGUAAUCCGUGGAGUAAGGCCAGAUCAACAAUUGGUUAAGAUUGUGAAUGAUGAGCUAGUAAAACUUAUGGGAGGAGAGGUUUCUGAGCUAGUGUUUGCAAAAACUGGGCCAACUGUAAUUUUAUUGGCUGGUCUACAAGGUGUUGGAAAGACAACUGUUAGUGCAAAGUUAGCUUUAUAUCUCAAAAAGCAGGGAAAGAGUUGCAUGCUUAUCGCUGGAGAUGUGUACAGGCCUGCUGCAAUAGACCAACUUGUCAUUUUAGGUGAACAGGUUGGCAUGCCUGUUUAUUCAGCAGGAACUGAGAUCAAACCUGCUGAGAUAGCACGAAAAGGUUUAGAAGAGGCCAGAAAGAAGAAUGUCAAUGUGGUUAUUAUGGAUACAGCUGGAAGGUUUCAGAUAGAUAAAGUGAUGAUGGAUGAAUUGAAAGAAGUGAAACGGGUAUUAAAUCCUACAGAAGUCUUACUUGUUGUAGAUGCAAUGACUGGCCAAGAAGCUGCAGCUUUGGUCACAACUUUCAAUCUUGAAAUUGGAAUCACUGGUGCCAUUUUAACUAAACUGGAUGGAGAUUCCAGAGGCGGAGCAGCUUUGAGUGUGAAAGAGGUAUCUGGAAAGCCAAUCAAGCUUGUUGGAAGAGGGGAGAGGAUCGAGGAUCUUGAGCCUUUCUAUCCUGACCGUAUGGCAGGACGUAUCUUAGGAAUGGGGGAUGUUCUAUCAUUUGUCGAGAAGGCUCAAGAAGUUAUGCGCCAAGAAGAUGCUGAAGAAUUGCAGAAGAAGAUCAUGAGUGCUAAAUUUGAUUUCAAUGACUUCCUGAAGCAAACCCGUGCAGUUGCACAGAUGGGUUCCAUGUCUCGUGUAAUUGGAAUGAUACCUGGCAUGGGGAAGGUUACACCAGCACAAAUUCGAGAGGCAGAGAAGAAUUUGAAGAUAAUGGAGGCAAUGAUUGAAGCAAUGACCCCAGAGGAAAGGGAGAAACCAGAACUGUUGGCAGAAUCACCUGCAAGGAGGAAACGGGUUGCACAAGAUUCCGGAAAAACAGAGCAACAGGUGAGUCAACUUGUUGCUCAACUUUUCCAAAUGCGUGUACGUAUGAAGAAUCUCAUGGGCGUAAUGGAAGGUGGAUCUAUUCCUGCAUUGAGCAAUCUUGAGGAGGCAAUGAAAGCUGAACAGAAGGCUCCUCCUGGUACUGCUAGGAGGAAGAGAAGAUCAGAGUCAAGGAGACAGUUUGCUGACUCAGCAUCAUCAAGACCAGGCCCUCGAGGUUUUGGAGCCAAGAAGUGAGAGCCAAUUUUUCAAACCAAUUACAGUGGCAAGGUGCCUGCCAUUGGGCAGUUGGACCAGUUAACAUAUUCCAUCUGUGUUCUCCAGUUGACACCAGAAGGCAGAGGUUUAGAAAAUUUUCCUUUGAAAGAGAAAGCUUACUGCCUCUUUUUAUUUUUUUGGGAGGCAGGGGGGUCGUCGAACGGGGAAGGCUGGGGGGGCAGCAGAGAUUAGUUUUUUCGGGUGAAAGUGCUUAUGACAUGACUUAUCUCUGUGGCCUUUCGGAGACGCAGUAAUUUUGUUUGAUAUACUUGCACGAACGGAAAGCCUAGAUUUGUGUUUCAUGA